AUGUCGCAGUAUUCGGGGAAAGUGAGUACAGACUGGGGAAAGCAGGCGCUGCGUGGGGGCCGUGGGUGGGAGGAGGGGAAGAGGGCAGGGAGGGCAAGAGAGGCUAACCUAACCCGGGGGAGAGACGGAACGGGGUUGAAGCCCAGAAAGUGGGGAAUGAGGUUGAGGACUCAGUCACAGAUAAUUUUCUACGAGGGCAAGUACUUCACUGGUCGGAAGCUGGAGGUCUGUGGGGACUGUGACAACUUCCAGGACCGAGGUUUCAUGAACAGGGUCAACUCCAUUCGAGUGGAGAGCAGUGCCUGGAUUUGCUUUGACCACCCAGACUUCCGAGGACAGCAGUUCAUUCUGGAACGUGGCAAGUACCCGGACUUCUAUCGUUGGAACGGCCACAACGACCACAUGGGCUCCUGUCGGCCAGUGGGAAUGCAUGGGGAACACUACCGCCUGGAAAUCUUUGAGGGUUGCAACUUCACAGGUCAGUGCCUGGAGUUUACGGAGGACUGCCCCUUCCUUCAGAGCCGGGGCUGGGCCAAGAACUGCGUCAAUGCUGUCAAGGUGUACGGGGAUGGAGCGUGGGUGCUUUAUGAAGAACCAAACUACCGGGGUCACAUGUACGUGGUGGAGAGGGGCGAUUACCGAAGCUUCAACGACUGGCAGGCCCACAGCGCCAAUGUUCAGUCCCUUCGAAAAGUGGUCAACUUCUUCUAACUUGGCCCAAUGCUUCUGCUACCAUCUUGGAUGGAUGGAUCUCCAACGGAACACUGGGGAAGUGUCCUGUUCUCCCCAAGCCAACACU